AUGCCGAUCACCAAGAAACGCAAGAUUGCCCACGAGGCGCCUGUUCAAGAAAGCGCCCCUUCAAAUGCGAGCGCUUCCAGCCCCGAGCCCACCAAUGAGUCUACCAACGAGUCCGCCAACGAGGACCCCGAUGUCGAAGAUGCUACCUCCGAGACUGAGGCCGCCGCCAGUGCGCCGAAGACAUUCAAGGAACUGGGUAUCAUUGACGCACUAUGCGAAGCUUGUACAAACCUCGGAUACAAGGCCCCAACACCAAUUCAGGCCGAGUCAAUUCCUCUGGCUUUGCAAGGCCGUGAUAUGAUCGGUCUUGCGGAAACCGGUUCUGGAAAGACGGCAGCUUUUGCGCUUCCUAUUCUACAGGCUCUCAUGGAAAAGCCCCAACCAUUCUUCGGCCUGGUACUGGCACCAACCCGUGAACUGGCCUACCAGAUCGCCCAGUCAUUCGAAAACCUCGGCUCAACUAUUGCAGUACGAUGCGCCACAAUCGUCGGAGGAAUGGACAUGGUCCCACAGUCCAUCGCACUAGGCAAGAAGCCUCACAUCAUCGUCGCCACACCGGGUCGACUCCUCGACCACCUCGAGAACACAAAGGGCUUCUCCCUCCGCAGCAUGAAGUACCUAGUAAUGGACGAAGCCGACAGACUGCUAGACAUGGACUUCGGUCCGAUCCUCGACAAAAUCCUCAAGGUGCUCCCGCGCGAGCGCCGCACCUUCCUCUUCUCCGCAACCCUCAGCUCAAAGGUCGAGUCGCUCCAGCGCGCUUCCCUUUCAAACCCGCAGCGCGUCUCUAUCUCCUCUAGCAAGUACCAGACCGUCUCGACACUUCAGCAAUAUUUCCUCCUCCGCCCUCAUAAACACAAGGAUGUCUACCUUGCCUACCUUCUCGAGAAGUUCACCGGCCAGUCUGCCAUUAUCUUUAUGCGCACUGUCCACGAGACACAGCGUAUUGCCUACCUCCUCCGUGGGCUCGGACUCGGCGCCAUUCCGCUGCACGGACAGCUCUCACAAUCUGCCCGUCUCGGUGCGCUGGGCAAGUUCCGCUCUCGCAGUCGGGAUAUCCUCGUUGCUACGGAUGUUGCUGCACGUGGUCUGGAUAUUCCCUCUGUGGAUGUUGUGCUGAACUACGAUCUGCCCACUGAUAGUAAGACCUACAUUCACCGUGUUGGUCGUACGGCCCGUGCGGGUAAGAGUGGUGUUGCUAUUAGCUUUGUGUCGCAAUAUGAUGUGGAGAUCUGGCAGCGAAUUGAGGGUGCACUUGGCAAGCAGUUGCCUGAAUACGACGCUGCGAAGGAUGAGGUUAUGCUUCUUGCUGACAGCGUUGGUGAGUCUCAGCGUCUGGCUAUCCAGGCGAUGAAGACCUAUGAUGAGAAGAAGGGUAGCAAAGGCAAAGGCAAGUUUGGGCACGGUGCCAAACGUGCCCGUGAUGCCAUGGACCAGGAGCAGGGCUAA